AUGCACCGCCGACAGAGAAGAGGGAGACCGGAGGUGACGAGCAGUAGCAAUAGCAGGAGGCGACGAGCAGUAGCAGUAGGCUGUGGCGAUGGACACACAGGAGGCGACGACGUUCAAAUCUUCGAUGGGGGUGGCGUUAGCUGUGGUGGGUGGUGCGGUUGCGAGACUGCAAGCACGGUGAGCUGGGUGAGGUGGCGCUGGCUGAACGGGUCUCUCUCACUCUCUCACACUCUUUGUCUUAGACUCUCAGCUCUCAGGUGGUCUUUCUCAUGGGCAAAAGGGAAUGGAGAUAUUGAGGCAUGUCGAAAGGUGCCAGCUGUGGUGAGACACCAAUUUAAUCAAAACAUUGAAGAUCUUCGAACCAAGAAAAGGAAAACUCAAGAAGAAUAUGCAGAAAGUUAUAAUGUUUGUGAUGAAGUUGAAAGAGAAUUUGAUGAGAUUGAACGUAAUGAGAUGCGACAACAACAAAAAUCAAGACUUCCAACACCUAGCUCUAGAAAAGAAAAACAACUCAAGGUAUUACAAUCUUUUUUUCCAUCGACAGUAGCACUUGGAGCUCAACCAACUAUCAAAAGUGUUCUCCAAAGCAAAGAAAUUGUGGAGAAGUGUGAUAUUGCCAUUGCAAGAUGGAUGAUGGAUACCUCUGCGCUGUUAAAUGCAGUUAAUUCAGCUUAUUAUCAGUCGAUGAUCGAUGUUAUUGCAAACAUGGGUGCAGGGUAUAAAGGGCCAAAUUAUGGAAGAGUUCGUGGAUAUUUGCUGAGUAAAUUGGUUGAAGAUGUAAAGAAGAUGAUUGAAGAUUAUCGAACUGUUUUGCUAAAGUCAGUUGAUGCUUCUCAUGUCUCGAAAACUGCUGAAGCUUUGUUUAAGUUGCUUAGGGAUGUUGUGUUAUUUGUUGGUCUUGAGAAUGUUGUACAUGUAGUGAUGGAUAAUGCUGCAAAUUACGUUGAUGCUGGAAGGUUGUUGGAAUCGGAGUUUCCUAGAUUGUAUUGGUCUCCUUGUGCAGCACAUUGUGUUAAUAUGAUGUUGCAGGAUAUUGGGAAGUUAGAGAAAGUGAGUGAAAUUGUAUCACAAGCUUCAAUGAUUACAAAUAUUUUAGCUCAAAAGGAUGCAUUGAGAGCUAUGGUGACAUCUAGAGAAUGGACAAGCUCAGCUUACUCUAAAGAAGCCAAAGCUAAAAAGUUUGUGGAUCAAGUCUUAGAUUCUAAAUUUUGGAAUCAAUGCACUGAUAUUGUUAAGCUUACUGAGCCACUUGUUCGUGUAUUGCGUAUUGUGGAUAAUGAAGAUAGAGCUGUAAUGGGUUUCCUUUAUCAAGCUAUUUAUAAGGCUAGGGAAGAGAUGCUGAAGAGGUUUCAAAAAAAGAAAGAGGAAUUUGAAAAGCACAAGCAAACAACUUUUGGCCUACUAAAUGUCUUUGAGAGAUAUGCUUACGGUGAUGCAGAUUUGAAUUCUAAAUUGACAAGUGAGAUGAGAAUCUUUAAGAAUGCUGUUGGAGACUUUGGAAGAUAG